AUGAACAUUGUCAGCUUUUGGCUAUUUGCAUCCAGGGUUAUCUACCAGAAUUCACAUGAAGCACCAAGAGUGGAGAACACCUCUGCACCGGCCAGCUUUGCAGCAAUGUCCUCCAAACAUAACCCCAAACACAUCAACAAGGAUGUCUAUGUCAAUGCCAUCGACUCUCCUGACCAGACCCAUCCUCUUGGCAACGCUCCAUCCCAGCAAGUUGUGAGAGUGUGGCCCCCUUAUGACGGUUACCUAGUACCGCGGAGUGCAAUGCUGAGCCAGUGCCCUGUGGCUGCAGGUUCAGCCAGAAGGUGUCACUCCAUCUAUAAGGGUUUCGCUCAGUGUCUGAUGGCUCUGGGCGACAGUCUGACAGAAAGCGCCCGCAAGGAUGAGGACAUGCAUGAAAUACACUCCAUUUGCAGGUCGUGGGAUGAGUUCCAUGACUGUGCGAAUGUUGCGAUGGCCGGCUGUCCACAGGAAGCAGCAGCUGUCUGGGAGUCUCUCCGCCAGGAAUCCAAAAAGAUGCAGUUCUCUGGAAACCUCUACGACAUGUGCUCCAACCGAAACAGCCACCCAGUAGCCUCAGUCUCCCCACAUGGUUCACCUAACCAGGAAGAGAUCAACCAGGAGUCUCUAAAAGGGUGCGCCAAUCAUCUUGCAGGCUGCCUACACUUUCUCAUGCUACUGUCUCUGCUGCUGUUUUUGUGCUGGAUAUAACUACCCCAAAGAAAUGGGGCUAUUGUAAAUAGAUAUAAACUUUGUGUAUUUUGUCCCUUCACAAAUCCAUAGAUUUCCCACUGUUUUUUCCUCUGCUCUGCCAUGGGGUGAAUACAUCUAACUGCAUGUUCAGAGGCCCAACAGUCUUUUUGAUAAUGUAUCUUUAAACUGUCUGUGCUGUUUCAUGUAUAUUCUCCAUUUUUAAAUUAAUCUCUCUGUUGGAAACACACAUAAAAUUCAUACAGAGCUACACAACCACUUUACAAACAGGCCUGCAAACACAUGUAUAGUUAAACAGAUGCAAACAGCACUCUCAUGUCGUUUGUCCUUAUCUCCUAUUCUCCCACAUUUACUUAGUAUGAUCUUGUAAAUGGUGCUUCCAGGAUGAGUGUAAUAAGAGAGAUGUAAUGACAAUGUCCGACUACAUAAACCUGAUAUCUAAGUGAUGAAGAGGCAUCUUGUCAGGACUAGUUCUAGCUAAACUCAUUUAUUUAUCAUCCUUACAGUAUGAACCGUUUGAUAAAUGGUAAAUCUAAAAUACCUGGCUAGCUCCAAUUGGCUAACGUUUACAUUCUUUUUCCUUUCAUUUUCCUUUCUAGUCUGUGAAUGUUACUGUCGAAGCUCCCGUUUCAAUAACCAAGUUUCCAUCCAAAUUUAGCACAAACUUUAACAGAAUUUCCAGAAAAUCUGCAAAAGAAAAUGUGAAUUAAUGCACAACUGCUAUGCGAAUAUUAGGAGGCAGUUUCUCAAGUUUGGUUUGGGGCAUUUGGUGGCAAUAAUUCUCCAGUCGGGUGCCAUUAGUCCAUUGCAGAGGAAGAGGGUGCAACAAGAUGAUGUACUAAACAUGAAAUGAAUGAAUUAUGUAGAAAACAUGAUGGAAAUAAGACACUAUUUUCUUUAUAAUUUCAACGUUAGUCUCAUCAUUACUCAACACAGAGCUGAUGUUUUGCGCAAUUUUUUGUCUCUUCAGUGGAGCCGAAGCUUUAGUGGAUGUUUAAGUCACAUGCACAGGUCUGUUUCCAUUGCACUUUGUCUCAUUAUCUUGCAAACUUUAAAAAGAGCAUAAAAGGUGGCUCAAAAAACAAAUUUGCUGAAAGGCUAAAAACAUUAAUGUUAAUAAAGGUAAACCUGAACAACAUUUAGA